AGAGCAGGCGGAGGAUCAGACAGAGACGGACGCAGAGAGAGAGAGAGAGACGCCUGGCAGGGACGUUAGCAGCGCUAGCAGCCGGUUCUGGCCGGUUCUGCCGCGGUUCCGUGGUUGCCGUGGAGACGGGAGGCGGUGGGACCACGGCUCUCCAGCAGCAGCAGCAGCAGAAGAAGAAGAAGAAGAAGAGUGUGUUUGAGGUGCAGAUGGAGGCCUGGUCACCUUGAAGGUGACGUAGCCACGGUGACGUAGCCACGGUGACGUAGACGUAGCCGUAGCCGCGGUGACGUAGCUGUAGCCGCGGUAGCGACGUAGCGUCCCGGCGUCACUUCCUGCCGCGGCGUCAUGGGGAAGGCGACGCCCCCCCGACGGUGGAGAACGUUCCGGCUCCCCGGACUUCCCAUCAUGCACUUCAGGAAGUGCGACCCCUUCUGCCUGGUCGCCGCGGCGACCAACCAGGAAGUGUUCCACCGGCCCGACGCGCAGGCCGGGUUCGAGUCCCUGUUCCGGGGCUUUGACCCGGACGUCCAGUUCCAGUACUUCCGGUCGUUCCGGCGGGUCCGGAUCAACUUCAGCGACGCGCUGGCGGCGGCCGAGGCGCGACUGCGUCUGCACAAGAGCAGCUUCCACGGCCGCGAGAUGAAGCUGUACUUCGCCCAGUCGGUCCACAUCGGGUCUCCUCGUCUUGAGCCGCCCAAACCGGACAAGCAGUUCCUGAUUUCUCCCCCGGCGUCUCCCCCGGUGGGCUGGCAGCAGGCCAAGGACGCCACGCCCGUCAUCAACUACGACCUGCUGUGUGCCAUCUCCAAGCUGGGGCCAGGAGACAAGUACGAGCUGCACACGGCGACGCCCACCACCCCCAGCGUGGGUGGCAAAGGCGUCGCGGCAACGGCGUCGCGGCAACGGCGUCGCGGCAACGGCGUCGCGGCAACGGCGUCGCGGCAACAGCGUCGCGGCAACGGCGUAGGUUCUGCGUUGGUUUAAUGCAGAAUCAUAAUUCAGCAUUUAGGCUUCGUUAUUGUCACAAAUUUAUCCUUCAGGUCUAACUAGCGUUAAACAUGAGAUAGCCAAGUCAAUUUCGCAAACAAAUUUUCUUAAACAGCUAGCUAGCUCGUUUUUCCGCUCUGAAGUUGACAUUAGUCACAUGACUCACGUUUUUCUUUUUAACUCUCACAAAUUAUUUUGGUUAAAUUUGCCUUUAUUUUUUUAAUUCUAUCAUUAUUGUCACAUGACCAGCAUUUUCAUCGCGUCUCG